GAACGGCUUCCAUCACUCGUCUGAGAGACGCAGUUUUCAGAGGAGGCGAGUGUCGUCGAUACCUGUUGCAUCGUCAAGCUGCCCAACAGUCUAUACGUAGGCUUCAUCUGUUUCAUCUCGUGCAUAUUUGCGCAUAUCGCAAGAGACCUGCGUAUAAGCCGUUUACUCACUGUGUCGCACUUGCUGCCAUGAACGUCAAUCCUGUCGAGCAGGCCAAUUCUGCCUAUGCGGAAGUGGAGGUAAACCCUGUUGCGGAGCAGACAAAAUCCACCAUUGUCCAGCGGCGUUCACAAAAACGGCCUCGUAUCAAUCGUAACGCUGCUGCCACUGCGUUGCAACAGCUGAGAAGAUGCUAUUUUGACAAGUUGCCGCUCGAGAUCCUUGCAGAGGUCUUAUCAUACGUUCCCUCUCAAUCCAUCCUAGCUGUUGCGAGAUGCAGCAAAACGUUGUGCUCUGCGUUCGUCAACAACCCCUCGACUGCCUUCAUCUGGAGACAGGCCCGCGAGCGAUGCGACCCACCCGUUCCAGAUCCGACGCCCAAUUUCACGGAGGCUUCAUAUGCGGCGUUUCUGUUUGACGGCGGUCGAUGUGAGGUCUGCGAGAAGAGAACGGAUGAAAUGUAUAUCUCAUUCACACUUCGCGGCCGCGUCUGUAAGAAGCAUUCGUGCUUGGUUGAAUGGAAAACGUCGAAGCUUUUGCUCGUCGAUCCGAUUGUGCAUUCGCGUUACCAGGACAUAAAGCUCUGGGUUCCUCGCCUAGAGGAGGACCACCGCGCAACCACAGUGCCCAGAAAAAGUGGCACGAUACGCGUACGUGAGACUGAUUGGUUAAAGGCAGUUGAUGAAUACAACAAAGCGGCACUCUCUUCGAGCACGAUCGAUGCGUACUUGCGAGAGAAGCAGGCUUUGGCGGACAGACUGUCUAUCGUUCAGGAGCACGCAUCGGCUUUACUUGAGUGGAGAAAAGGACGCGCGGCACGCGUGGAUAUUGUGAAGUCCUUGAACAACGAAUCAGCCAAAAUCAUCGCGCAUCGCGAGGGCUGGACGUCAUACGACCUCCUAAUGACAAAGAGUUACGGAUCACUACACCGCUCUAACACGGCAGUGCUCGAAGCAGUGACGGAAGAAGAUUACCAAGCCAUCCAGGCUACUGUUGAGGAAGAAGUCGCGAAGAUGAAAGAACGUAGCGCCCGUAGAGGCUACGAAGCAGCGUAUAAGAAACGCCGCGACGACGUCGAGGAGCAUUAUAAACGCCUGCAGUCAAUGAAAGAGAAGAAGGUGCUGCCUACGUUAGCAGAGUUCCGGAAGCUCUCCAUCAUGAAAGUCAUGCAGGCGAAGUCAUGCGACGCAACAUCCGGCAUCGCAGCGGAUCUAAAGAAUUCUACAUUUAUCACCGCGCUACUCGAGGAGAACUUGGAAAAAUGGCGGGAGGAUGCACGGGCGGCGCUCGGGACUGUGCUUGGAUACCCUGCUUGGAAGGCCACUAGCAAGACGAAGUUGCAUCCCGUGGAUCGCGUCACUGCUUGGUUUAGAUGUAAGAGGUGCCACGGUGCACAGAAGAAAGGUGAAGAUACACCGCUUGACUUCAUUGCUGCUUGUUCGCAUCGAUGCUCGUACCUGGACAAGAGAAGGCGAGCAAAGGAUAACUGGAGCGCACAGCUUUUUGAGCCAGAUACACAGGCUAUACAGCUCGUGAACCAGCUGCUGGCGAUAUCCGGCCUCAGUGCAGAGGACCCAGAUACUGGCUACUUCUUCGAGAACUCAGGAUUUAUGUUUGUGUGUCUCUCGUGUCCUUCGCACCUGUUCAUGGACUUCAACACUGCAAUUCGCCAUUGCAAGCGACACGAAGGCGUCAACUUUUCUAUGGAGUGGCAUGCCGUUUCAAUUGAUUCCAGGCAUCCUUUCCAAUCGGGGACAUUGGCUAUGGUCAUGGGACGCAAGGACACUGCCAACGACGAGAUGUCUCAAAAAGUCUUUUGCUGUCGCCACUGCGACCUGGCAUCGCGGAAAGAGAGUACAGGAGAGGAACAUCUGCAGGCAACUCAGGACAAGGGGACGGCCAAGAUCAACAAGCAAGCAACCCAUAAAAGGACUGUCACUUUUAAUGGGUUGGUUUCGCACCUGAAGGAGAAACAUGGCGUCGUCUGGAUUGGAGAUGAAGACUUCUUCACGUAUAAGCCAAAGUCAACGUGAAAUUAGAGGUACUGUGCUGUACAUUAGGGUCGCGUAUCUAUCCUAUCACUGGGUAACCGACUCAUCUCAUCAACCUGAUGUAUCCGGUCUGACGUCGAGCAUCUCGCAUCGCUACGAACAUGUAUUUUUGCUUCAUGGACCUCCGCUUUGUCACAUCACUGGUCUUGUUCCAGAGUAGAUGGCAUGCCAAUGAGAGCAGCCGCGUCUGACGUG